CGCCCGGCUCUACACUGCACACACGACCACCUGUAAACCGAUGCGACGGCCAUGAGCACCUCAGAUGGUCCCGAAGGCCGCGUCAAUGGUGCGCCAAUGGUGAAUGGUCAAGAGGAGAAGGAAGAUACUGUCGAAAUAUCGGAAAGCCCAUCGGAAAUGAGUGACGUUGACUCCCGUGACGAGGAUUCAAGCAGCGACGAGCAAGUGAACGGGGAGGAGGAAGACGGCGAAGAAGAUGAUGAUGAAGAGGACGAGGAUGAACCAGCACUCAAGUACGAACGAAUAGGUGGAUUCAUCCCUGAUCUCUUCAAGAAGGAUUCAGCAUCAGCUCUGGCCAUUUCGAACGGCAAAACCAUGGCUCUAGGAACACAUGCAGGCUUCGUUCAUAUACUCGACCUCUCCGGCAAGCGGUUCAAGUCAUACAAGCCUCAUCAGGCGUCUGUUGUUGAUAUAUGCAUUGAUGUCACUGGAGAUUUCAUUGCCACGGCUUCGAUUGAUGGACAGGUCGUCAUUAAAUCACUGUCAACGACCGAGUCCUACGCCUUUGAUAUGAAACGUCCCACACGCACCGUGUCGUUGGAGCCGAAUUUCGCGAAGAAAAGUACCAGAGCUUUCGUCAGUGGAGGCCUGGCGGGAUCAUUGGUGUUGCACGAGAAAGGCUGGCUUGGCCACAGGCAGACGGUCUUGCAUAUCGGCGAGGGACCGAUCUGGCAGGCGCGGUGGAGAGGCAAGCUGAUUGCUUGGGCGAAUGACCUGGGUGUCAAAAUUUACGACACGACAUCCCAGACCCGGAUAACUUUCAUUGACCGUCCCGCGGACAGUCCGCGCGCCGAUUUGUUCAAGUGUACACUUCAUUGGCAGGACGACUCCACCCUUUUGAUAUCCUGGGCAGACCAUAUCAAGGUUGCCAGAAUUCGUGCAAGGCCCCGGACGGCUACUACGUCGGCAUCUGCCAACCUACCUCCUCUUCUCGUUGAAAUAACCGCUGUUUUCCAGCUGGACGGCAUGAUUGCCGGUAUUCUUCCCCACCCCACGCCUCCCUCAUCUAUCUCUCAUUCUGACCAUGCAUCGAGCAUCCAUUCCGGGGAACAUACGAGAACAGCAUCGUCCAUAUCUACACAGUCAUCUACCCCUUCCUCUCUGCUAAUACUAGUGUACAGCCCGCCUGACACGUCUUUCAGGGAGGAAAUGACUCAAGACCGCGACAAACAGGCUCGGAAAGUUGCUGACCGUCCCGAGUUACGGAUAAUUUCUCGUUCAGGCGAAGAGCUCGCAGCUGAUGCGCUUAGCGUGUCAAACUAUCAAAGAUGGGGCUGUAACGAUUACGUUUUGGCUGAGGUUGAUACAGACCCUUUGCGUUCAGACGUUACAAAUGAGGGUAGAUCAUACGUCGUGUUGAGUCCCCGGGACAUAAUCCUCGUGAAACCUCGAGACCGGAGGGACCAUGUUCAUUGGCUGGUUGAGCGGAAGAGGUAUGAAGAGGCGCUGGAAGAGCUCGAGAUCAUCGAGGCCAGUGGCGAUACAGUGGAAGAAGGCGAUGAUGGCUUAACCGCUUCGGAGAUUGGCCAGCGAUACAUUGAACAUCUCAUCAACGACGGUGACUUUGUCAAGGCUGCACAGUUAUGUCCGAAGGUUUGCGCGCAUGAUUCAAAACGAUGGGAAGAUUGGAUUUUUACAUUCGCUGGGAAACGGCAAUUGCAGGCCAUCAUUCCCUACGUACCUACGGAGAAUCCUCGGUUAGAUCAUCUUGUGUAUGAAAUGAUGCUAGCUCAUUUCCUUGCGCACGAUCUACAUGCAUUGCAACAAACGAUAAAGGAAUGGCCUAAGGAUAUUUAUGAUAUUGCUGCAGUUAUUGUUGCGGUUCGUUCAGAAUUGGAUAAGACCGCCUCAACAUCCAAGACAAUAUCUUCGUCGCCAGACACUACGAUCUUGAUGGAGUGUUUAGCAGAAUUAUAUACUGCUAAUCGACAGCAUGGGAAAGCUCUUACGUACUUUCUACGUCUUCGUAGACCGAACGUUCUCGAUGUAAUUCGGGAGCAUAAUCUGUUUACGGAUGUCCAGGACCAGGUACUUCUUCUGGUAGAGUUUGACCAUGAACGAAUCAGAAAAAGGCAGGAAGCUGGAGAAGUUGUCGACGAAGACAAGAGCGAUGCCAUCUCUUUGUUGGUAGACAACAUUCAUUCUAUCCAUAUCCAAAGGGUUGUGCCUCAGCUCCAAUCCCAGCCGCGGUAUCUGUUUCUCUAUCUCGAUGCUCUCGUCAGCAGGGAUCCUCAGCUUGUAUCCAAUUUCGCGGAUAUGUUGGUGAAAUUGUAUGCUGAAUACGCGAGGCAAAGAUUGGUCGAUUUCCUUCGUGCGAGCACUGACUACAACCUUGAGAUCGCGUAUACUGUUUGUCAAGAUCGAGACCUGGUUCCGGAGAUGGUGUAUCUUCUUGGUCGUAUGGGAAACAACAAGAAGGCGCUCACGCUUAUCAUUGAGAAACUGGGUGAUGUUCGCCAGGCAGGUUUCUCGUCAGCGAUCGAAUUUGCGAAAGAGCAAGCCGACGAUGACCUCUGGGAGGACCUGCUCAUGUAUUCCGAAAGUCGUCCAGCGUUCAUCCGGGGCCUAUUGGAGAAUGUUGGACCGGAGAUCAAUCCUAUUCGCUUGAUCAGACGAAUCAAGAACGGACUGGAGAUCCCUGGACUAAAGGAAGCGCUCAUCAAGAUCCUUCAGGACUUUCAACUUCAGAUAUCAUUGCUGGAUGGUUGUCAGACGAUAUUGAACGUCGAUAUAUCCGAUCUUUCGCGUAAGCUCUACGCGGACCAGACGAGUGGGUUCUUCUUGACUGGGACGAGACCAUGUCCUAUAUGUACCGAGCCUUUACAGCAAUCACCACAGGCGUUGAUAAUGCUGUUCCUGUGCCGGCAUGUCGUCCAUGCGUCCUGCGUUAGUGGCGGCGACCACCUCCCCCCACAGCCGGAUCCUGUGCUCCGUGGAGUUGGAAUAGCAGGUCCGUCUGGGAGAGGAAUGAGCGGGAAAAUUGCAUUCGAAUCCAUUGUCCGGGCGCAGAUAGAACAUGGCUGUCCGAUCUGUCAUAAUAAGAGCGAAGGCAUGGGAUUAUCAUGAUUAUCUCGACUGUUCAGCGUUCUGUCUGUGUUGUUACCCAUGCUAUAAUAUAUAUACCCCAGAAAGGAUG